CGUAUUAUUUCUCAGAUGUAACCAUGAUGUCCAUGGCAUUAUUAUCAGAGACAGUACAUAGCAAAGGCAGGUAGUCAAAGCAAACACUCAGCUCUCCUAGGAGGAUUCAUCAUGUCAGGUUCACCUGAGAUUGAGGAACUACCAGCAACACAAACAGGGCCCAAAGGUGUGAUCCAUGACUGGAGAAAGUUCAAACUUGAGAGUGAGGACCAUGAAAGCGUCCCCUCCAACAAGAGAGAGCUCCUCAGACAGAUGUCCAACCCCAAAUCCAGUAAAGACGACACCCAGGAAAAAGUCUUGCACAAGAUGAGCGUUCAGGAGUACGAAAUGAUCCAAGAAGAGGAUGAAAGGUGUCUGCGUAAGUAUCGUAGGCAGUGCAUGCAGGAGAUGCACGAGCACCUGAGUUUUGGGCCUAAAUUCGAUGUGGUGUUUGAGUUGGAUAGUGGGGAGGCCUUCUUGGAUGUCAUCGAAAAAGAGCACCGCCUAACUCUAGUGGUUGUGCACAUCUAUGAUGAUGGGAUCAGAGGAUGUGAUGCUCUUAACAACUGCUUGACUUGCCUGGCAGCAGAGUACUCUACCGUCAAAUUCUGCCGAAUCCGAGCGUCUGCCACAGGGGCAGGUGAGCGUUUUUCAGACGACGUUCUGCCCGCUCUGCUGGUGUACAAGGCCGGAGAGCUGCUGGGCAACUUCAUGUCUAUCACAAAGCACCUGAAUGAGGAGUUCUUCGCCCUGGAUGUGGAGAACUUCCUAAAUGAGUACGGACUGCUGCCAGAGAAAGAGCUUGCAGCUGGCCCCGAUGAGGACGAGAAUGCUGACGUGGAAUGAUCGAAUGAAUUACAUUAGUCAACCUAGUUUCAGAGAUAGAUCUGAGUAGUAAUGAUGCUGUGACUACUGGGCCGUGGUGACUCCAACAAACACACACACACCUGUAGCACGUGAUUUACAGCGCUUAAAUACGUCAUAGUGUUGUCGAAGGCAUACAUUCAUGAUCAUUUCAUUUGCCAGCGUUCCCACAAUUUUUGACGAAUGAGUUUCCAUUCAUUUUAUGACCUUUAUAGUAAUUUGUGAUGACUUGAUAAGGAUUUUUUUCAAACCAUUCAAUUUAAGAUUAACUCCUUAAUCAUUAUGACUGAUUUAUGAAGCAGUUCGGCUGAUUUGCAGUGAAAAGGAAAAGACUUACAAGGAUGAUUUUUCAGAUCCACAGAGAAAUUCUCCUCUGUAUCGCAUCGCAGUGCUUUAUCUACUCAAGUUUAAGUGCUGAUUUCUCCUUUCUCAAUCCUGUUCCCUUGUCUGUCCUUUAAACUAUUAUAUCUGUAUAAAGGUAAAAAUGGCAAAAAAAUAAUAUUUAAAAAGACAAGGUAAAAAUUAUUCACUCACAAAUUGAACAUUAUUAUGAUUUGCUGAGAAGCUGAUGAUAUCUUUAUUAAUAAUAAAUAAUAAUGUACACUUACUGUUAACAGGCUUGGGGUCUGUAAUUAUUAUUAUUUUAAAUAAGAUAAUACCUUAAUUUAUUAGGUAUGCAUUGAACUGAUGAAAAUUGAUUAUAAAGACAUUGAUAAUUUUACAAGUUUUGUUUGUAAAAUUAACUAUUCAAAGUAGCCUGUAAAAACGCAGGCUUUGCACAAAAAUAUUAAGCAACACAACUGUUUUCAUAACUGACAUUAAGAGGAAGUGUUUUGUAAGCAUCAAAACAGCAUAUUAAUGAUUACUGAAGGAUCAUGUAACACUAUAGUAAUGGCUGCUGCAACAUUGCCAUCAAAGAAAUAAAUUACACUUUAAAAUACAUUAAAACUGAUUUGUUCAUUGUUUGCUCAAUGUGACUGUUUUAUUGUAUUUGAUCAAAUAUUGACAUUGAUCAAAUAAAUGCAGCCUUAGUGAGCAAAAUAAACUUUUUCUUUCAAAAUAUAUAGACUCAAAAUUAAAUUUCUCUGACAUGUUUCUGUAAUCUUCUGAGCAUGCUUAGGAUUGCCACAUGGAGCAAUUUGACAUGAAAGUCAAACUGUCACACGUUACUUGUCAUCCAUCAUGUAUCGAGCUGCUAUCUGCUUAAUGAAUAAAUUAUAUGAGAAAAA